AUGACGGACCCCGAUCUUCCGAUUUUGCUCCGAGUUGCCGAUGGUGACGUGGAGUCUUUCGGGGUGCUCGUCGAACGGCACCAGCCGCGUUUGUGGCGGCUGUGUGAACGCAUGUUGGGCAGCGCCGAGGAUGCUAGCGAAGCCACCCAAGAGGUCUUUCUCAAGGCCUAUCGUGGGUGCUCGACCUUUCGGCCCAGCGCCAAGGUGUCCACCUGGCUGUAUCGGAUCGCCGUCAACCAUUGUUUGAACCGGCUGCGGCGUCGCAAGCUGGCGAGCUUUUUGUCGUUGGCGGACUUGGCACCGAAAGCCAGGGGUGAGCCGCCCGAAGCGGAAUGGGAUCCGGCGGAUUCCGGGCCGGAUGCAGAGCAGCGGCUGGCAGACCGCCGACGCUGGGCCGAGGUUAAAAAAGCUAUCGAUCGGCUGCCUCUGAAUCAGCGAUCGGUCUUGGUGUUGGCGAAGCUCGAGGGACUGUCCUAUCGAGAGAUUUCCCAAACUUUGGGGAUCACGGAAGGCGCGGUAGAGAGUCGUUUGGUUCGUGCCAUGCGACGGUUGCAUGCCCUCGACAUUCAACAAGGGGUUGGACAUGGCG